UGGGCUCUGUCGUUUCUCCAGACCUUGCAGACUUCUCAGUUCCUGGCGGUUGCCGACGAGGACGGGUACGUUGGCCUCUACGACACCCGCCGGCGUCUCCCGUCCAGCUCGUCAUCUGCUCUUCCCGCAUCUGAAACGAAGAUGUCUGAUUGGGUUGCUCACAACAAUGCCAUCUUUGAUGUGUGCUGGAUCAAGGAUGGAUUCCAAAUACUGACUGCAUCGGGCGAUCAAACUGUGAAGAUAUGGAGUGUGGAAACUAAGAAAUGCAUUGGUGUCUUGUCAGGACACACUGGAAGUGUAAAGUUACUAUCAUGCCAAUCUUCGAAUCCUGAGCUUAUUGUUUCUGGUUCGAGGGACGGUUCAUUUGCUCUUUGGGAUUUAAGAUGUGACCCUAAAUCUCCAAAUAGCCAUGGUGAAGCAUGCCUUAUGUCUUCUGCUGUUGUCAAAGAAGCCCAUAGUCCCAUCCAAAGGAGCCGAACAAGGUCUCGAGCAAAGUUACCCAAUUUCAUAGUUAAAUUGCUUCUAAUUGUUGUGAAAAUCUGGGAUACACGGAACCUCAAAGUGCCUGUAUCCAACAAAAAUUGUCAAGCAGGAGCGCAGCCUUUGGAAGGGGUGAAACAUGGCAUAUCUUGCCUAUCUCAGAACUGGUACGGUGCAUAUAUUGCUGCAUCAUGUAUGGAUAACAGUGUUCUCAAUGUGGACAAGGGCCCAAUAAAGGUUUACCCUAGCAGCAAAAUCGACUCUUUCUUUGUCAAGUCUGCUAUUAGUCCUGACGGAACUCAUAUUCUUGGCGGCUCGAGUGAUGGCAAUGUAUACCUGUGGCAGGUGGAUCAACCUGAAACUGGCCAUGUAGUUUUAGGAGGACAUGAAGGUGAAGCUACUUCAGUUGACUGGUGUGUAUCAGAGGUUGGAAAGAUAGCAACAUCUUCUGAUGAUUCCACGGUUCGUGUAUGGAGUACCAAGAAAAUAGAAUGCACCAACGUAAGCUCACCAACAGUAAUCCGUAAGCAGAUAACUGCGCCUAACACCGAGUACCGAAGAUCUGCUACCCAUGAGCGAGCUACUACUUCAGGAGAUGCGGUUGCCUGCACCAGUGCCGAUGGUGAAUUGCCAAGUGGUUGCCACUCUCCCCUUCAACCCAGAGUACUGGACUUCGGCACUCCAGAAACUUCAAAGAAGAGAGCGUUUGCAUUGUUUCAGGAGGAGGGCCAUGAUGCGAGGAAGGGCCCGGAAACUCAAAUGAACAGCCCCUCUUCAGUUCUAAGCCCGCCUCCUUCGCUGAAAAGGCGAACAAUUCGGGACUACUUUGCCAGUAAUGCAUCUUGAAUCUUGACACCUUCUGACAACUAGUCGGUCUCAAGAACUCUUAGAUGCCUUGAGGACCGGGGCUUUCUUA